CACUGUGUAGCAAAAACGACAUUUUCGAAUUCUAAGAAAACUUGGUCUCCAUACAUAUCCUUUAUGACUGAAGUGAUUUUUGAGUCUGCACUCUCCUCUCCACUGACCAACAUUGCUAACGGUCCCUAUUUUAUGAGUUUUGCAUUCCUUUGUUCUGUUAUAUAAUAUUUACUAUUAUUUUUUUACAAUUGUAAUCUUUUGAAAAUGACCAAAACUGUGUAUUUUCGAAAAUUGGGACGACCAAGUGCUCACCGACAAUCUUUACUAAAAAGUUUAGUAACUUCUCUGGUAAAACACGAAAACAUCCAGACAACAUGGGCUAAAGCAAAAGAAGCACAAAAGCAUGCUGAACAUUUAAUUACGAUGGCCAAAAAAACGAAUCCUAAAAACAAUCGACAAGAAUUGGCUCAGGGUAUGGUUUUUGAACAGAAGAACACAUUGAAGAAAGUCUUUGAGGUGCUGGUACCUAGAUACAAUCAACGAAGAUGCGGAUAUACGCGUGUUUUGAGAAUGCCUCCUAGAUAUGGAGAUAAUGCACCUCAAGCUAUUCUUGAAUGGGUGGAUGGUUCCAAGGACACAAGAUUUCACAUGACGGCAAAAGCAGUAGGAGUUGCUUUAGCGCAUAAGCGUCCUUUACACCCCGUGACGAAAUUGAAUAUGCAUAAGGUUUUGCUUUUUAGAAAAAAUGGUAAACAGGAGUUUGACCAGCUGGUUGAGAAGACAAAAGAAGAAGAAUUGACCCGACUUCAGGAAGAGUACAAAGAUGAAAAGGAAAUUGAAAGACCCUGGAAGCGUGGGGAUCAUAUACCACUUCCCAAAUAUGUAUAAAACAUUUUUGCCUUUCAAUCGUUUAAGAAUAUUAUAAUUAAUUUUGUCCAAUACGGGAACGCUUGGUUUUCAUUGUUUAAAGGAACGAAAUUGAGGUACUAUCGAUAUAAAAACCACCUUUCCAUCGCAAUUCUUUUUCUUGGAAUAAUGCAGAUCAAGGUUGUGCUUUUUAAUUCACUAUGGAUAUGAUGAUUAUUCGUCAACCAAGAAAAUUAUACGAGAGUGCAAAUAAAAAUGGCUUUUGAAAUGCAUGCGAGAAUAAUACUGUCUUUUUCUGAAAAAAAUUUGAUAUUUGAAAGGAAAAAUAAGAAUUAACAAGCAUAUUGAAGUAUUCUGCAAAUAAAACCACACUUCUUCCAAACAGAAAUAUUCAAUCUUUUUAUUCUUGUUUGCUAUUACCAUUGAGUUUCUAUAUUUAAAGAAAUAGAGUGAGUUUGCAGUAAAGAAGUUUAAGUAGUUCGCUAACG